UCUUUUUUCGCCUUAAAAUAAGAGAUCUCCUCAGUCCUCACAAGUCACAAGCAAUGUAAGCUCCCCGGACAGGUCCUUCAGAGGCUAUGAGGGAUGAAACUGGCAAAGGAGUAAUGUCGCCUUCUCUGUCUUUCCAUGAGGCGCGAUAUAGCGAAGCUUGUAUCACAUGGCUUAUACAGAGAAGCUCUUCACCUCUAUUCCCAACUCCACUCUGCUUCCCUGUCUCCUCACAGUUUCACCUUCCCUCCUCUCCUCAAAGCAUGUUCCAAGCUCAAAUCUCCUUCGCUGGGUCAAAUCCUGCAUGCCCAUAUCGUCAAAUUCGGUUUUCAAGCAGAUACUUAUGCUUCCACUGCUCUUACGGCAAUGUACAUGAAACUCCAUCGUCUCCUUGAUGCCCUCAUGGUGUUCGACGAUAUGCCUCAGCGAAAUAUGGCUUCUUUGAAUGCGGCGGUUUCUGGUUUUUCGCAAAAUGGGUAUCAUGAAGAAGCUCUCAGGGUAUUCAAGAUAAUCGGAUUUAGCAAUUUAAGACCCAAUUCUGUUACUCUAGCCAGUUUAUUGUCUGCCAGUGAUGGGGUCAGGAAUGGCGAGAUGGUACAUUGCUGGGCGGUGAAAUUGGGGGUUGAAUCAGAUACUUACGUUGCCACCUCGCUUAUUUCUAUGUAUUCGAAUCAUGAAGAGUUGAAUUCUGCGAGUAGAGUAUAUGGAGGAUUGGUAAACAAGAAUGUUGUGAGCUACAAUGCUUUUAUCACAGGGUUACUGCAGAAAGGGGUUCCUCGUUUGGCAGUGGACGUGUUUAAGGAUAUGAUGGUAUGUUCUGAUGAUAAGCCCAAUUCUGUCACGUUGCUUUCUGUCCUUUCUGCUUGUGCCAGUCUCUUGGAUGUUCAUCUUGGCAGCCAAGUUCAUGGAUUCAUUACCAAAGUUGUAACAGGGAUUGAGGUUAGGGUAGUCACUGCACUUGUGGACAUGUAUUCCAAGUGUGGUUGUUGGCACUCAGCUUUUGAUGUCUUCAACAAUCUUGAAGGGAACAGGAAUUUAGUAACAUGGAAUACGAUGAUUUCUGGAAUGAUGUUAAACGCACAAUUUGAGAAAGCUCUUGAACUGUUUCAACUGCUUGAACUCGAAGGAUUGCAUCCUGAUUCAGCAACUUGGAACUCCAUGAUCAGUGGGUUUGCACAACAAGGGAAGAGCACAGAAGCUCUUUUGUGGUUCCGGAAAAUGAUGCUAGCCAGCGUGGCUCCAAGUUUGAAAAUUCUCACAAGUCUUUUGUCAGCAUGUUCAGAUUUAUCUGCUUUGAGAUAUGGAAAAGAGAUCCAUGGACUUGCUCUCAGAAUUGAUAUUAAUGAGGAUGAAUUUUUGGCAACUGCACUUAUUGACAUGUACAUGAAAUGUGGGCACUCUUCUUGGGCACGGGGCAUUUAUGAUCAAUUUGAUAUAAAGCCAAGUGACCCUGCAUUUUGGAAUGCAAUGAUAAGUGGGUAUGGGAGAAAUGGAGAUAAUGAGUCUGCCUUUGAAAUCUUCGAUGAAAUGCAGGAGCGAAUGGUUCGACCAAAUGCUGGAACGUUUGUUAGUGCUCUAUCUGCUUGCAGCCACACUGGAGAGGUUGACAGAGGUGUGCAGAUUUUCAGAAUGAUGAGAAACGAUCAUGGCUUGGACCCAAAGCCGGAGCACUUUGGUUGUAUAGUUGACCUUUUAGGUCGAUGUGGCCGGUUGGAUGAAGCUCGAGACCUAGUGAAAGAAUUAGUGGAGCCAUCUUCAUCUGUUUAUGCUUCUUUGCUUGGAGCAUGUAGAUCUCACUUAAACUGCAAUCUUGGAAAAGAAAUGGCUAUGAAUCUCCUAGAUUUGGAACCAGAAAACCCAACUCCACUUGUGAUCCUAUCUAGCAUAUAUGCCGGGCUGGGAAGAUGGAGAGAUGUAGAAGUCAUAAGAGGGAUGAUAAAGGAUAAAGGACUGGACAAGCUCGGUGGCUUUAGCAUGAUAGAAGUCAGAUGAGAGUUCCUUAUACAGAAAAUCUCGGGCAAAAAUAUUCUCCGUUGCACUAACCUAGCUGUUGCAACUUGGAGUUCUCAAUCUAUCCAAACUGUCACAGAAGUCACUGUUCCAAAUCACUUUGAUCCAAAGGGAUUGGAAAAAUUGUAAGGGGGUUGAGUAAUGAAACAAGAGAUUUCAUGUCUGUGUGAAGUUACCUGCGCAUGCUUCAGUUUCUCCAUUUACUACAUAAACCCAGGAAACAGGGAGAUGCAACAGUUAUGAACACAUCUUGCAGAGCUUAGUCAGGUUUGCAUGUCAUUUGGAAGUAACUUCUCCUGUCUACCAGAUUACUAAUCUGAUUGCGUUCAUAGAACCCAUCUCAGUAAGGUUCCUGAGACACAAUGCAUAAUGAGAAAGGGCAGCUAAAGCAGGCUACUCAAGUGGAGUCACUGGUCACAUGCAAGGAUCAAGGCUGAGUUGUAUGCAGUUAUGCACUGUUUCAGAAAGAACACAAUUUGUUUACCCUUCGACCUUCAUCUCCGUGAAAGCUUUGAGAAUUAAUUUAUUGCUCUGGAUUCAAAUAAUUUGACCACAAAGGAACAAAAAUUUUUUUUUUGGGUGAUACAAAAAUUUUGUAUUUUUUCAAACUGAGUUGAGCUGAAAGUAGACUAUGAUCAGUGCCGUAUGAGAAGACAUAAAUACUCUGACACCAAGGAAACUGUCUAUCCGGUUUGAACUAGUUCCUGCUUCUGGGUGUCCAUUAUAUUUGUCUGCUUAAAUUGCAAUUAAUAUCUUAGGUUACGCCUUUUAGCUA